UGUGAGCCCAACAGUCGUCUCUGGCUCGCUGUCUCUCGCCGCUCCGCAAGUGUCAGCCCCUCCAGCGGCGGCGGCGUCUGAGAGCUCACCCUUUUUUCAAUAGCUUAAGGGAAGACUCAAUGUAAAGUGUUUACAAAUUUGGGUUGUAGAACAGAUGUAAAUUAAUUAUGGCUCCUAGAUAGGAAUUGCUUUUUUAAUUCAUUUUUGUAAGCCAAGAUGAUUUAGUAUAAAAAAACAAAUUUAAGUUUCAAAUGUGCCUUCCAAACUUUAGCACCCAUGAAUUUUAUGCUGAUGGCAGAUAUUUGUCAGGACAUUGAGUUUUGGUAAUCUGGUGAAGAGCUUAGAUUUUUUUUUUUAUUUUUAUUUUUAUUUAUUUUUUUUUUUUUAUAUAUAUAUGUGAAGUUACCUGCUGGAUUUUCAGUUAUCUCACUCAAGGUUAUCUUUGUGUGUUACAGGUUUAGGUGGUGCUGGUAAUGUGGAGUUGUAAGGGGUGCUCAGAAAAAGUGUCAAAUAAAUGCUGAGUUUAAGAGAAUUACGACCAUACCGCUUCAUUCAAAGUUCUUCUCUCAACUGGAUCUCCACUGUGACAACCUGAGGAAGCUCUUCAAAAGAAGAGGAGGACAGCUCGGACAAAAGCUUAGACAAACUGUUGCACAAAUGGAUGAUUGUGAAGAUGUUGAUGUUGCACGGGAGUGUGUCAUUAAGGGAGUCUGCAUAUAUAUGGGAGAAGAUCCAGCCAAGCUCAUCCAUAAAUAUGUGGGUGUGGAUGAAGCUAAUAUUGAAGAGGGUAUUGGAGCCACCACCAUCGGUGUUUUUCAUCUUAAAGACUGUUCUUCAGCAGAUGAAGACAUCGGGGUCGUUCUUGAAGGCAUCAGAGUGUUGUCCUAUUUGGAUAGUGUGCCAACAGCUGUUGCAAUGCUUUUUGGACUGAUAUAUGCAAUGAACCUCGCCUACCCUGCUGACCUCCGCUACACUUUCGAGGUAUUACAGAAAAUAGUAAUGGAACUGGAUGGAGGUAAACUGUCAAACAAGGCAUUGUCCCUUAAAAACCACCUCUAUGAGUGAAUAGAGAUUUUCUCAUGUUUAAUUUGGUAAUGUUCUCAUGUUCAGUUUUUGUAUUUCUUGUUGUAUUCUUUAUUGGAGGACACAAAUGUAUUUUUUUAAUGAGGAACGUUCACCUGAAAGACUGGGCUUCAGCAGCUUUUACGUUCCAGUAUGUAGUGCUACUUAUAACACUACUGCUACUUAGUGUUACAAAUAUGUUAAAGAAAUUUGCUAUAAAAGUUACAUUACACUGAUUUAUUGUCAUGCAAAUUACAUGUUCAGAAUUGUUUUAGAAAUUUUACACACUUUUCUAAAUCAUUUUGUCUUUCAUAUUAAUAUCUUAUAGAUAAACUUUUAAGACGUAGUGUUUCCCUUGUAAAAAAAUGUUCUUGUUUUUACACAUUUGUUUAGACUAUCACUAUGGUAUUACAUAGUAAUCAGUAAGACAUGUGACAGAUAAUUGGUGUAAAAAGUUUAGCUUUGCCUCAUAUUGACAUAACAUACUGAUAGUUUUAACAAAUAUGUUAAAGUCUGUAAAGCUAUGUACUGCAGCAUUAAUUAAUGUCAUUUGAAUACAUGUUCAAAAACAGUUUGUAGAAAUUUGACAUACUUUUCAUAAUCUUGUACAUCUUUUAUAGAAAUAUGUCUCAGGUUUUCCUUCAUGUUCAUAAAAAUUGUAUUUACUAAAUUUAAAAAAAUUUAUGUCUCUUCAAUUUAAAAUAUGUUAAGUACAAAAUGGUGUGAUUUAAAUUUUCUUUCAAAUAAAACUAAUUUGUUCAGUAGCACUCGCUUUCUUUGUCUUUCUUGUCAAAUAUCAGUCUUUAAUUUUUUACAGUAGAACAGCAUAUAGAGAACUUGAAAAAAUUAAGUAGGAUUUAAAGCUGUAACAUGUGUUCCAUUAACAUGAUAGAAUUGUGUUCGCCCAACACAAUUUCAUUGAGUAAUACUGGCAAUGAAAAAUAAGCUGGUGUUAUUCAUUACAAUAGUGUUGCUGAGACAUAAAAAAAGUUAUUGAUAAUACAUAAUAUAUUUACAUUAUGGUAAGAGAUAAAAUGUUUGUAGUUUCAACUUAAUAUUUUCAAGUAAUCUCAUGUAAAUAAAAUAUGUUGAUUUGACGAGCUUUAAGUAUUUGAGGGAAAGAGGGAAAAUAUGUCGGUUCUACUUAUUUGCAUUGUGUGGGACGGAUGUACACAAUAAAAUUAAGUAAAAUGAACAGCUUUUUUCUUUCAG